GCUGCUAAAGGCCUCAGGAUCCGUCACAAAGUAGGUGAACGACGCUAAAUCUAAAAGAAAGUUAUGUCGCGAUAACUUUCACCGAGCUUUAAACCUUUCAAAAGAGGCGCAGAUUGAGUUUGUGUCGCGCUUUUCUGGCGAUGAGACUGAAGGGAAGAGGAGAGUCACAGUAAAGGUACUGUAAAAGCCUGCCAUGUCCGGUCCCACCUGGCUUCCACCGAGAACUCUGGAUAGCUCAGAGAGACCCGUCCCCCAAAUGUCUCACUCUGCCGGGUCAGCGAUCUACCGAGCCCCCAACAAGAAAGGGACGUCCGACUUCCGGCCGAAAUAUGGCCACUACGACCAGAAUGGAGGAGGUGGAAGUGGAGGUGGUGGAGGAGGAGGAGGAGGAGGUGGAGGAGGAGGAGGGGUGGCGGCUAAUAGGUACAUGGCUACUGGACCCACAGGUGGGCCCAUUCAGCAUCCGUCAAGCGAGCACUAUUACGCUCCUCCCCAGGCUCCCAAAGAAGAGCGCAACUGGAGCCCCCACAUGGACAGCUACGAGCUCAUGCACCGCGGUCCUGAGAAGCCGGUGAGCUAUCACUCCAAAAUCGAUGCUGACAUUGACUCUCUCACCAGUAUGCUCGCUGAUCUGGACAGCAACCCACAGGACCCCACCACACAACUGUACGACAACGUGCCUUACAACAAGUACCUCCCUGCGGAUCACUACAAGCCGGCUCACCAGAGCGCAGCCCCCCCUCAGGGCCGGCCCUCUAUGGGCUACCCCCCCCAUCCCCAGAGCCAAUACCACCCGGCCCCCCGCUACCCCAGCGAGCACCAGACCCCGCAGUACCCCCCCUCCCACCAGCAGGAGUACUACUCCCCCUCUCCCACCCCCAAGCCGUACCCCCAGCCCGUCCCGGCCUCCUACAGCACCGCCUCCACCCCCACCGGGCCCCGCUUCAGCGUCCAGGUGAAGACGGCCCAGCCUGUCACCUACUCUCAGACGGGGAGGCAGGCGGAGCAGGCCUACACCCCCCCGCCCCCCCGCCAGCACGUGUCCCGCCCCCCCCCUCAGACUCAGACCAGUCAGCAGGGCUGGUACCCGUCACAGGCCGCCUCUCAGGCUCAGGAGAUGCACUCGGAGGCCGUGUACAAGGGCGGCGGCCCCGGAGGGAGGGGUCACCAGGUGCCUCUGUCCAAGAGAGGGAUGGAGAACAGUCACCCAGGGUCAGGGGCCGCUCUGAACCCGGCUUAUCAGUCCAGCAAGCAGGGCAUAGCAACGAGCCGGCCUGAGGACGAGUUAGAGCGACUCACUAAGAAGUUGGUAUAUGAUAUGAACCACCCCCCCGUCGAGGACUAUUUUGGUCGCUGUGCGCGGUGCGGAGACAACGUGGUCGGUGACGGCAGCGGCUGCAUCGCCAUGGAGCAGGUGUUCCACGUGGAGUGUUUCACAUGCAUCACUUGCCACGCCCGUCUCCGGGGGCAACCCUUCUACGCCCUCGACAAGAAGAGUUACUGUGAGAGCUGUUACAUUAGUACAUUAGAGCGCUGUUCAAAGUGCUCCAAGCCCAUCCUGGACCGUAUCCUGCGGGCCAUGGGGAAGGCCUACCACCCUCGCUGUUUCACAUGUGUGGUCUGUAACUGCUGUUUGGACGGGGUCCCCUUCACUGUGGACGCCACCUCUCAGAUACACUGCAUAGACGACUUUCAUAGGAAGUACGCUCCUCGCUGUUCGGUGUGUGGCGAGCCCAUCAUGCCCGAGCAGGGUCAGGAGGAGACGGUGAGGAUCGUGGCUCUGGACCGAAGCUUCCACGUUAACUGUUACGUCUGUGAGGAGUGCGGUCUCCUGCUGUCCUCUGAGGGCGAGGGGCGGGGCUGUUACCCUCUGGACGGCCACAUCCUGUGUAAGAGCUGCAGCGCCUGCCGCAUCCAGGACCUCUCGGCCAAAAUCUCCACCGACUGCUAACAGACCUGCUCCCACCUUUUCAGCACACGUUACACAUUGAUGGCGCAGACAGGAAACACCCCUGCUGUGCUCAGACUCUUUUUUACCCUUUUUCUCUGACCGUGAGCUGACAUACAGCUCCCUCUGUUGGUAUCCAGCUGUAAUUUAAUUUGCAGAAGAACAUUUCCUGACAUGGAGUUACCACCUUCCUUUCAUUCUGAUGUCCUACACAGCUUUCCUUCGGUACACGUCUGCUCCAUUUGUCACGUUUAGUUCAGUUUGACAGUGGCCUGACCUGCAGGCAGCUUGGGCUCCACUUACCAUGUGUUCGGUACUGCUCAGCUAUUAACUUGCACAUUAUAAUAACUGUCAAAGACAAUGAAAGUAAGGAAGGAUAUCACACAUUUAGACGGGAAAAUGAAGCAAAGGAUACAUGCUAAUUAGACUACAACAAUAGGACAUGUACGUUUGCAGAACUGCCUCAAAAGGAGCGAUUUAAAAGCACAUUGCAACAACUGUGAGUGUACAUAAAGGGCUGGUUUGGUUACAGACUGUUUUUGAAAAGCGUGUAGCUUUUAGUGCAGUGGAUGUUUGCAGAGACGUAGCCUCAUAGCAGGAGAAAUGUAGACGAGAGGAAUGUGUAGUCAACCUUUUAUUCUUUAGCUUAUUAUAGUAAAAUAUCCGCUAGAACAAAUCCCUCAUUAAUCUCACGCUUAUUACAGGAUCUUUGUCUCCAAAUCACAAUCAUGCUUUUUUUUUUUUGUUGGUUGAUACUUGACCUUUACAUUGAAGAUGAUGGUGCAAUGAAGUCUUAGGAAAACAGGGUGUUGGUUACUCGUGAGGUAUGAAAGCGACGUAUUGUGUGAAGGGUUUGGAAGAGAAAAACUCAUUGUUCUCAAUUGGGUAGAUUUACUUGACACGUUUGUAUACAUAAUGGUUGUUCUUAACUUUCGACAACAUACGAUAUGAUGCAUUUCCCCCCCAAACAUUGAUUGUGAUUUUGAACAUCCUUGCACUCAUGUGGGUCGAGACUUUAGAGCCACAGAUUUGUUACGAUUGUGUUUAACCUCUGUGUUUCCGUCCUCAUUUUGUACUUGUGUAACUUAAAGGGCUUAGACAUGUAAAAGCCUUAACUCAAGGAUGUCAUUUAGUUUCAUUAUAAUCCCUUUUUUGAAACCCUUUGUCUAUGAAUUCCACCAUUUUUUUUGUUUGUUAUCAUGCUAAAACGGUUCAGUGUCUUGUUAAUUUAUCUCAUGAUGUAUAUAUACUGUAGUGUAUUAGUCUGAUUUGUAUCAUUAAUGUCAUUUCAUUCAUACCCAAAAGUGUCAUUUCAAAAAAUCUGACCCAUGCCAACUCGUGUGUCAAACACCUUUUCCUUUUGUUUUCAUUCUUACUCUGUUUGAAAAGCUGUGAAUUGGAGCUUGUAAAUCAAAGCCGCGGUACUGCAGCAGACCUCUGCUGAAUUCACUCUGAGAAGAAGGAGGCCAUGUUGAACACAACAGGCUGUUGAUGUAGAAAUGGAAGUUUGUUACACUAAUGGAUUUUCUCCUAAUACAGGUAGUAGUUACAUCAUUGAUUAUUAAAAUGUCAGCAAGUUAAAA